AUGUCGCUGCGAAUUCUCUGUCAAGAUCACCCUGAUCGUGCGUUAGCAUUGAUUUCUGACGACCAUGCCUUGAUCCUUCACCAUGUGCCCAUCACCUCUGAAUCGACCUCAACCACCUCGUACUCCCAUGUUAGCCCGCCAAAAUGCCAUAUCGAAUUCGCCGGUCUGGAUGCGCUGGACCUGUCGGGCUACAGAACCCUAGGUCGUGCACACGGAACAAUCGGGCUGAUCGCUCUAAACAGUGAUAUCUUUCUCUGCACAAUAUCCCAAGCGACACACGCCGCCACUGUGCGUCCUGGAGAGACUGUUCAGAGGAUUAUUAAUGUAGAAUUUUACUGUUUGAACCGCUCCGAUUAUGAUAAUAGUGUGGAUUAUGAAUCCAGAUCAACCUUUGCAUAUCCCUCUGACGAUGGUGACUACGGAACUGGCUAUGAAGGCCGCGAGGUUAUCACCGAAACUCCGUUCCUCCCUCUGAAGAAGCUCCUUAGCGAUGGUAGUUUUUACUUCAGUGUUGACUUCAAUCUCACUGACCGCCUUCAAGAUAGAGCUGAGGAGAUUUCUUCUUUUGAUAUUGACAGCCUUGAUAGGGAUUUCUUAUGGAACUCCUUUAUGAUCGAGCCCCUGUUGCUGUUUCGCAGCCAUUUGUUGGAAGCUGAGCGGGUCACUCUCGACUCAUGCAGGAUAUUGACCACAGCAAUUCGCGGCUUUGUUCACACAUUAACCAUCCCCGCUUCGACACCUCUGUUGAGGUAUUCUCAUUCGAAUUUACCCUCGAGUUUGACCCUGAUAUCGCGCCUCUCCUCUCGAAGGGCCGGAACCAGGUUCAAUUCUCGCGGUAUCGACGACGAGGGGAAUGUUUCUAAUUUCGUAGAAACCGAGACCGUAGUAUGGAUUCCGCCGGGAAUGUGUUUCUCGUAUACACAGGUCCGGGGAUCCCUUCCAAUUUUCUGGGAACAAAGCGUUGCGAUAGGAGGGCAGAAAAUUCAAGUUACCAGGUCCACAGACGCCUCCCAACCUGCGUUCGACAAACAUUUUGACAAUCUGUCUUUGAUAUAUGGUGCUGUACAUAUAGUAAAUCUUCUUACGGAACUAAAGCCUGGGGAGGCAGAUUUGUCAGAACGAUACCGAUAUCACAUUUCUCGAAGCCCAUUGAGGCAGGGCCGUGAUCCCAAUACAUCAUCAGAACAUCAUCUUCUAAAGGCGACAGAUUUCGAUUUCCAUGCGGAAACCAGGGGACCUGCAGGUUACCAAAGCGCAUCCAUAAUUCGUCAUUUGAUUCAAGAUUCGGCCGACGCAUUUGCGUUCUUUUUAUGUACAGAUGUCCCCCAGAAGGAAGAAACCUUGAUCUCGACAGAUGAUGCAAACAACGGCCUGACGGUUAUUCUUCAGCAGCAGGGGGUUUUCCGAACAAAUUGCUUGGAUUGCCUUGAUAGGACAAAUCUUGUUCAGACCAUUAUCAGUCGCAUGGCUCUUGAAUCAUUUUUGGAACAGCAAGGUGGGAAAACCUCUGAUGACUUUUGGAGGCGGCAUUCAACCCUGUGGGCAGACAACGGUGACCACCUGUCCAAAAUAUACGCUGGCUCUGGUGCUUUGAAAUCGUCAUACACCCGGCAUGGCAAGAUGUCGCUCGCAGGUGCAUUUGCAGAUAUACGAAAAAGCGCAGCUCGCUUAUAUAUGAAUACUUUCACCGACAGUGCGAGACAAAACACUAUAGACCUCCUUCUGGGUACUUUAACUGGACAGAGUACCGUGCACCUCUAUGACCCCAUCAGUGAUUUCGUGAACAGAGCUCUCAGGCAACGAGCACUAGAGUAUACUUCCUCGAAAACAGUACGAAUAUGGGUCGGAACAUUCAACCUCAACGGGCGAACCAAUGGAGCCAACGGGACAAACCUAUCGCCUUGGCUAUUGCCGCAACUGGACAACUUGCAGGAGACUCCCUCGAUAUUCGCCAUCGGGUUCCAAGAAAUUGUCGAGCUCAGCCCGCAACAGAUUAUGUCAACUGAUCCCGGGAAUCGAAUGAUAUGGGAGAACGCAGUUAAGCAUACCUUAAAUGACUACGCUAAUAGGAAGGGCGAGAGCGAAUAUGUCUUGCUUCGAAGUGGCCAACUUGUCGGCACGGCUUUAUUGAUCUUUGUUAAAUCGGAAUUGCUCUCCGAGAUAAAAGUUGUUGAGGGUAGUGUGAAAAAGACUGGCAUGUCCGGAAUGGCCGGUAACAAAGGUGGAUGCGCCAUUCGUUUCCAGUAUUCGAACACUCGAAUAUGUUUUGUUACAGCACACCUUGCGGCUGGAUUUUCGAAUUACGAUGAGCGGAAUAGAGAUUAUCAGACAAUCAACCAAGGGCUCCGUUUCCAAAGAAAUCGAUCGAUCGAAGACCAUGACACCAUAAUAUGGCUCGGGGACUUCAAUUACAGAAUUGGUUUGCCGGAUGAUACUGUGCGGGGGCUUAUAAAAGCAGGAGACUUCGAGUCUCUGUAUUCACAUGAUCAGCUCAAUCUACAAAUGGUUGCCGGCCUCACAUUUCCCUUCUACUCAGAAGCACGAAUCACAUUCCCUCCGACAUAUAAGUAUGACAACGGCACUGACCAAUAUGACACAUCAGAAAAAGCUCGUACUCCAGCUUGGUGUGACAGGAUUCUGUGGAAAGGUGCAAACAUUCGCCUGCUGGAGUAUAACGCCGCACCUUUGAAAUUCUCGGACCAUCGUCCUGUAUACGCAACCUUUGAUUGCGAAAUAAGCAUAGUGAAUGAAAAUCUGAAAGAGCAUAUACGCAGGCAACUUUACGAGGCUGAACAGGAUCGAGUGGCGAAUGGUCGUGAGAUGGAUUCCGGGUCGGAGGCGACGGACGAUGAGGAUGACCAGGAUUUGAUAGGGUUUGAUGCUAUCGACCCGUAUCUCCCACCAGCUAGCUCUGACCGCCAUAAAUGGUGGCUCGACCAAGGUCUCCCAGCCAAAUCGACCUUAAAGCCACCGUCCGGUUUCAUGGUUAACCAACACCGGCCUCCGAAUCCGUUUUCUACAACCACAGAAUCGGAUUGGAUUCACAUUCCUUACCCUGACACUUCUCCCGCUAAAAGCCAAGUAGAUGGCACUUCAGAAAUUGCGAAACCAAGGGUCCCACGACCAGCAACUUCUUUGCGAAAUGAGCCCCUAAUCGACUUUGAAAAAGAAGACGACCCGUCCUCAAACUCCUUAGUAUCAAGUAAGAGUUUGUCAGGCUUGGUAAUUUCUAGCAACGGAGAAGUAGGUGUACCCAAGAAACGAGCUCCUCCCGUCCCUACGAAACCGUUAUCUAUGAGUACGGGCGUGGCGCGAAGUCCGAGUACGGCCGUAUUUGCAAAUGCAAGCCCCAGCCACCACUCUCAAGUGUCCUCAACGCCGAUUUCCCUGGAACCCCAGACGACAGCAACACGAGCCACCCAGACGAGAGCUGGACCUCAUAUGCUCCGGCACGAAACGUCGGAAGAUCGGAACAUAAAUUCGUUCGUCUCAGGAGGCUACCGUCGUGCAGAUCUACCAGGUGUAGAGCCACGAGGGCUAAAUCCUGAAAAGGCCUACGUCGACGGUGCCGCUAGCUCCAAAUUGGGGAGCGAAUUGCCGCCUCUUCCGCCUCCUAGGCGAUCGGCAACAGCUGCUGAUCGGCCCAGCCCGUCGGCGACGAAUCAUUCAGAUGUGCGACUUGAUGGCAGCAUAGCCGGACCUAAGCCGUUACGUUUGCAAGGGUGA